GGGCUGGCCGGCCCAAUUCUCAAGGCAAUGAGAAUAAGGAAGCCCUAAUUUAGGGACCUCCUUCUGUAACUAUAAGACGUUCAGUAUCAGUUCUAAGCUGUUCGGGCUGAAGUAACGAAUCCAAGCGAAAAUGCAGAUCUUUGUGAAAACUCUUACGGGGAAGACCAUCACCCUAGAGGUCGAAUCCAGCGACACAAUUGACAAUGUCAAAGCUAAGAUUCAGGACAAGGAAGGGAUUCCUCCAGACCAGCAACGUCUGAUCUUCGCUGGGAAGCAGCUGGAGGAUGGUCGUACCCUUGCUGAUUACAAUAUCCAGAAGGAAUCCACUCUGCAUUUGGUGCUGCGACUUCGUGGUGGAAUUAUUGAGCCAUCAUUGAUGGCUUUGGCCCGAAAAUAUAACCAGGACAAGAUGAUUUGCCGCAAAUGUUAUGCUCGCCUGCAUCCUCGUGCUGUCAACUGUAGGAAGAAGAAAUGCGGGCAUAGCAACCAGGUGAUGUUAUUUUUCUCUCCUCCCCCCCCCCCCCACCACCUCCUUUUUUCUUUUUCUUUUUAAUGUUAUAUUUUUCAUUUCAAUUCAACAUGAGGUUGGUGAAAUUUUCCGCUUAAAUUUGGUUUAUGUAUUGCAGCUGAGGCCAAAGAAGAAGAUCAAGUAGAUCUGAUUGUGAAGUUCUGUAUUUUAGUCUAAAAUUUUGGCCUGCCUGCCCGUAGGGAAUUGGAAAUUUGAAACUGUCUUUUUGAAAUUUGAUUACUGUCACCUUAUAGUUGGCAUGCUGGAUUUUUGCUUUUUUAAACUAUUAUUUUUUGUUCUGUUUGGAACAUCAGUAGUGCUGGUGCCUUUUUAUUUUCCAUUUAAGUCAUUACAGCGUGACAUGCUUUGCUAAUGAAGGGAUUGAACUAAGUUUAGAGUUC